AACAAUUCCAUAUUUUCGUUGGCGAUCUCAGCUCAGAAAUUGAAACCCAACAACUGCGUGAGGCUUUUACGCCAUUUGGUGAAAUAUCUGAUUGCCGUGUCGUGCGUGAUCCACAAACACUGAAGUCCAAGGGUUAUGGGUUCGUCUCAUUUGUCAAGAAAUCGGAAGCCGAGAGCGCCAUUACGGCUAUGAAUGGACAAUGGCUUGGCUCGCGUUCAAUUCGGACGAAUUGGGCCACCAGGAAACCACCGGCGAGUAAAGAAAACGUGAAACCCUUGACAUUUGACGAAGUCUAUAACCAAAGCAGCCCCUCGAACUGCACCGUGUAUGUUGGUGGCGUCAAUAGUGCAUUGACAUCCCUUAGUGAGGAAAUAUUGCAAAAAACUUUUGCACCCUAUGGGUCAAUACAGGAGAUACGUGUCUUCAAAGACAAAGGUUAUGCAUUUGUACGUUUCUCAACUAAGGAGGCCGCUACUCAUGCUAUCGUUGGUGUGCACAAUACUGAAAUCAAUGCACAACCAGUAAAAUGCUCUUGGGGUAAGGAGAGUGGAGAUCCCAAUAAUGCCCAGACAAUCGCUAGUCAGGCUCUUAAUCCAGCUGCAGCCAGUUUUCCGUAUGGUGUUGGUGCUGCCGCCGCCGCUGCGGCCGCUUAUGGACAACAAUUAGCUGCCGGCUGUUGGUAUUCACCUACACCCACAUACCCUGCUUCAUCGGCUACAGCUUCUGUUACUCCGGCAGCAUCCGCAGCAGUUCAAAAUCAGUUUCUACAAGGUAUACAAGGCUAUCAUUUUGGCCAAUAUGGUGGAUAUCAACAAGGUUAUAUGGGCAUGGGCGUUCAGAUUCCCGCUACUUGGCAAGGUGUUGCUACUCAAGCUCAAAUCUCUCCUGCACAACAGCUGGCGACGGGUGUGGCAGGAGCUGCUAUACCGCAAGCCGCCGGUGUUGUUGCUUAUCCGAUACAGCAAUUCCAAGUAAGCCCACAGUUGCCAGAAGAUGAAUGGUUAGCAGCAAAUUUAUUAUGUUAGUUACUAUAGACGAAAGUAAAUAUAUUUAAAGCUAAAA